AGGGUUUAUUUUGUCUCAAUUCUCUCACCCUUAGCCCAUUCCCCUAUUUAACUCUUUUCUCCAAUUUCAUUCCACAUCACCUCUAUCUCCUAUCUUAAAUGUUACCAGUACAAUGGCUGCUGAGCUUGGUCUUCUCUCCCUAGCCCAGCUAGAACUCCAAAAACUAGCGGAAUCUCAGCAAAAUCAGCAUCAACAUCAACUGAACUCAUCAAGUUCUUGGAUGUGGAACCCUAAGCAAACUCAUGAAGAUGAAGACUCGUGGGAGGUUAGAGCCUUUGAAGAAGAUACAGGAAAUAUCAUGGGCACCACUUGGCCGCCGCGGUCUUAUACUUGCACCUUUUGUAGAAGAGAAUUCAGGUCAGCUCAAGCCCUAGGUGGUCACAUGAAUGUGCACCGCCGGGACCGUGCUAGGCUACAUCAAACACCACCCGGUUCAAUCAACCCCAACUCAUCAUCAACUAAUUCUACUUCCGCUUCCACUUUCAUAAUCCCAGCUCGAGAGUUUUCUACCAAUGGCGGGUUAUGCCUGCUCUACCAAUUACCUAACCCUAACGGGAUAUUCACUACCACAGCUAUGAAUGCAUGUGCUAUUGAUCAUUCACCAUCUACUCUUCUCUCUAUCUCACCCUAUCCACAUAAUUAUCCGGUCGCAUCACCAGUGGUAAAUUCUUCUCAUUUUUACUCUAGCAAAGCUCAACCGGUAGCAUCUACAGAUAAUAGCAGCAAUAAUUGCAAGGACUUGGGAAAUGAAGAACUUGAUCUAGAGCUCAGGCUAGGGCACAGAUCAACAUCAUCUUCAUCGCCAUCAUAAAAUACAGCAACAAAGCUUAGAGAAGAAGGGUGCCAUUUAAUUUUUGUAAGAUACAGUCUAUUUUUGAUAGACUUGUGUGAAUUUUUAUUUUUUUGUAUUCUCAAUCAAUGAAAUGUAUGAGAAAGUCUAAUAUCGAGUGAGAUAGAGACAAUUUAGGUGCUGCGGGAAGAAAAGAGGAGAGGAAAGUAGAAGGGCGCACCAUGUAAAUUCAAAGAAGAAAGAAUGAUUAAUUUUAUUUUAUUAUUAAUGUUUGAAGAAUAAA